CACUGGUUGCAGGACCUUUACGCGCUCUUAAGUUAUAGCAUAGACAUAUUAUUAUGUCUAUGAGUUAUAGUGCUCAGCGCUCAAAUUCACGCGACUACUCAUGUCUUGUGCUUAAGAACCGUUCCACUACUGUAAAUAGCCGUAUACGAUCGCUUUGCUUACGCGACGGUAUGUCAUAAACUCUUAUGCUACACUAUACCAAUAAUUUCGUCGUGAGCGCGGAACGAUGACGUCGAGUUGAGAUCUGGUGACGUCACGGUUGUAACGUGAGCGCCUUUAUAUGUGCCGACUGCCGAGUGGAACGCUGCGAGCGCUUGAAGCGUACAACCAGAACGCACUCGUGGUAGAUUUUUUUAAAAGCAUGUUGCCAUGCGGGGCCGGUAUUACAAUGUUCCUAUAACUGAUAAGCUAUUUGACUAUCGUGAACUGUUCAAGUUGUUCAACUGUUUACUGUUUGAGAUUAUUUUAAAAUUAAAAAUAAUAAAUACUCGUAUUCAUAUUCAACAUUCAUUAUAAAUAAACACGACAAAGUUACAAACACAGACAAAAGUACAUUUAAAUACACUUUACUUCAAAACAAUGGUUAUUAGCAUAGGAUUUGAAGGUAGUGCAAAUAAACUAGCAAUUGGAAUUGUUAAAGAUGGUGAAGUGCUGGCGAAUUGUAGAAGAACAUACAUAACUCCACCUGGUGAAGGAUUUUUACCCCGAGAAACAGCGACACAUCACCAAAAUAAUAUUGUAUCAUUAUUAGAAGAAACAAUCAGAACAUCUGGCAUACAGCCGGAACAGAUUGAUAUUGUAUGUUUUACAAAAGGUCCUGGAAUUGGUGCUCCUUUGGUUAGUGUUGCUGCUGUGGCACGCACUAUUGCUCAACUUUGGAACAAACCUUUAAUACCUGUUAACCAUUGUAUUGCACACAUAGAAAUGGGACGCUUAAUAACUGGAAGUGACAACCCUACUGUUUUAUAUGUUAGUGGAGGAAAUACUCAAGUCAUAGCUUAUUCCGGGAAUUGUUAUAGAAUAUUUGGUGAAACAAUUGAUAUUGCUGUUGGAAAUUGUUUAGACCGAUUUGCAAGAGUUUUAAAAUUAUCCAAUGAUCCUAGUCCUGGAUACAAUAUUGAACAAAUGGCUAAAAAUGGUAAAAAAUAUCUUAAAUUACCUUAUGUGGUAAAAGGUAUGGAUGUUUCAUUCUCUGGUAUAUUAUCUUAUAUAGAAGAAAAAGCACAAACAUUGUUGUCAUCUGGUGAAUAUACUCCUGAAGAUUUGUGUUUUUCACUUCAAGAAACUCUUUUUGCAAUGUUAAUAGAAACAACAGAAAGAGCAAUGUCUCACUGCCAGUCAAAAGAAGUACUAAUAGUUGGAGGUGUUGGUUGUAAUGAAAGAUUACAAGAAAUGAUGAAAAUUAUGUGUGAUGAAAGGAAUGCAAUAUUAUAUGCUACUGAUGAAAGAUUUUGUAUAGACAAUGGAGUAAUGAUAGCUCAUACAGGAACUUUAAUGCAUAAUAGUGGAUAUAAGACUACAUGGGAAGAUACAUUUUGCACGCAAAGGUUUAGGACAGAUGAAGUUGAAGUUACAUGGAGGUCAUGAAAAUGUGUUAAAGCUUUUUUUUAUAUAUACACUACACGAUAUCUUAUGUUACACCAAUAACCAAAGUAUUCUUGCUAAAACACAAACCAAUAAAGCAAAUACAGGCCAAAUUGAGUACA